GAUUCGUUACUGAGACUGCAACAACAACCAGACGUGGCGGGAACAAGCCACUCAUCACCGUCACAACUGGUAAGCCAUCUCUUGGCCUCUACGUUGCUAGGCGGAGCGAGCUCGCUUGCUAUGGUGAAUCCGUUAGCUGGUAGCGGAUCAUCAGCUGGUGAUGAAUCUCAAGGAAUGCACCUGCUUUCGAUUUUACAAGAUCACUUUGUGUUAAGUCAACUGCUGCCACAGUUGCAGGCUGCACAAAAUCACUGUGAUGUAAAUCCUAUCAUGAAUCCGGCCAUCGCUCUGUACUACCAACAAGUACUUCAGCAACAACAGCAACAAAACGUGUUGCAACAGCUCAUGCAACAGCCACUUUCUCAGUCCCAGACGGUUCUGCUUCAGCAUACACAAAUUCAAACUGCCCAAGGUAUUACUGCGAGAAUCGAGGCUGCUGCUUGUCGCGCAUAUCGCAUGGGUAUCGUCAGGACUCCUAUCAAUUAG